CUGCAUAUAGCCUACAAGAAAAAGCACCCAGACAAGUACUAUCCUUCUAAUAUUCGUCCUUCGACAGAACGAGUUUUAAUUGAAGGAUCUGCUCGCCAAUCCCGUGCUCAGUUCGUCCGCACUAGCUCCGACACGGAGCCAGCAACGCUUAGCGAUCUGCUCUAUGGAGUUUGGAAGCUACCACCUCCGAAACUGGUCAUCACUAUUCAUGGCGGCUUACAGCCAAAAUUGGCUCGGAUAUUCCGUAAAGGGAUCUUGAAGGUAGCACGUUCCACCAAUGCUUGGAUCAUCACCUCUGGACUGAACGCUGAUCUUGGAUCAUCCUCAAGGUCUCGUAAUCGGAUAAUCGCUAUUGGUGUGGCACCGUGGGGCAUGCUUAAAGGAAGGAGUCGCUUUAUAGGUACGGAUAUCUCAGUCCACUAUGCCCCGAAUCAAUUCAGCAAAUCUCGUUUAGCUGAGCUUAAUGAUCGUCAUUCGUACUUCAUCUUUGCUGACAACGGAACUGUCGGCAGAUACGGUCCUGAGAUAAUUUUACGGAAACGUAUAGAAACAUAUCUUGCCCAACAGAAUUCCUGUUCAACUCCUGUUGUAUGCGUUGUACUAGAAGGUGGAGCAUUCACUAUCAAAGUUGUUUAUGAUUAUGUCGCCUCUAUUCCUCAUAUCCCUGUAGUCAUCUGCGAUGGUAGCGGUGGCGCUGCAGAUUUGUUGGCCUUCACUCAUCAUGCACUUGGUGAAGAAGGAAGGCUCUCCGACUCCGUUCGUCACCAGUUAGUGUCAUUGGUGGAGAUGGUGCUCAACUGCGACGAAAAUAAUUCAAAUCGAAUCGUACAACAACUUAUACAGUGUGCCCGUCAAAGAGACUUAGUAAGUUCUGUCUUGAGUUUUCAGCGAGUGGGAGAUAUGGAGUGGGCAUUCAUAGUGUUGUUUGAGAUAACUGUGUUUCGUAUGGGCGAACAGCGACAAGACGUCGAUCACGCCGUAUUUACGGCGCUGCUCAAAGGGCAGAACCUCAGUCCCUCUGAGCAACUUCAGCUAGCACUAGCAUGGAAUCGAGCAGACAUCGCUCGCUCGGAGAUUUUCACGCUGGAGACAGAUUGGAGUAUACAAGAUCUGCACAACGCAAUGAUGGAAGCGUUGAGCAACGACCGGACGGAUUUCGUACAACUCCUGCUCGAUAAUGGCGUUUCGAUGCACAGUUUCUUGACAUUUAGUCGCCUUGAGCAUCUUUAUAACUUGGUAGGUCUUCAUCGUUGA